GCAGAUACUCAAGCAUCAAGAGGCCGCCAUGAAUAGCAGCUCUUAAGCACAUCUUCAAAACGGUGGAUUUUUAUUACUAUUUUGAUUUUGAUUUUUUUUUGUUUUGGCGUGUUUUUUUUAGUUUUAGUCCAGGUGCGUGUCACGUGUCAGCGAACCUCGAACACGAUGCGGCGAUUUUUAGCUGCCGUCAUCCUCUUGUCGCUGCUAAAAGUGUCGACGUGUAUUCAGGUGAUAGUCUCCCAGCAGGAGCGCAGCACUGCUCUGUUUGCCUCAGUCAUCCUUCGCUGUGACUACACCACGUCUGCAAACCCCCAAGAUGUCCUACUCACCUGGAGGUUCAAGUCUUUCUGCAAGGACCCUGUGCUGGAGUACUACUCCACAUCAUACCAGGCUGCCCUCCAGUUGGGGCAAGACCCCUCAAACGACUGUCCCGAUCGUCAGCGUACAGUGCGCACUGUGAUUCAGAGGAGAGGAACUAAUGAGCCGAUUCUUGGUGCGGAAUACCGUGAACGCAAGAUCUCAAUCCAGAAUAGGGCAGAUCUGGUCAUCAAUGAGGUCAUGUGGUGGGACAACGGUGUGUACUUCUGUGCAGUUGAUGCAGCUGGAGACACCACUGGGGACUCAGACAGAGAAGUCAAACUCAUUGUAUAUCAUUGGUUAACAGUGCUAUUCAUCAUCAUUGGUGCUCUGCUGCUCAUCAUCCUGUUUGGCAUCUGCUGCUGCCAGUGUUGUCCUCAGAGAUGCUGCUGCUACGUGCGCUGCCCCUGCUGCCCACAGCAGUGCUGCUGCCCUGAAAAAGCGGUAAUGCAGCAUCGCAUGAUGAAGGAGGCUCAGAGGGCCAUGGCUCCCUGGAUGGGAGGACAGCCUGUAUAUGCACCAAUGAGCCAUGUUCCAUCCACUCAAAUGAACCCAGUCCUAUAUGCAGGAUCUGCAUCAGGCAAAAGCAUCCCUUUGAAGGCUAUGCCUCUCCCACCGCCGCAGUCCUCUGCUUACAGCAUGCCGACCCCAAGUGUCCACGGAAGCCACACCCCUGCCACCACCAAUCAGAUGCUUGACUACAUGGAGAGUCAGGUGAGGGGGAUGGACGUGACCAGUCCUCUGCUCCAGUCACAGCCGCCUCCACCCCCCCACAUGCAGCAUCUUCCACCUCCUUCCCAUCAGUUGCCUGUAAGUGUCCCAUUUUCACCCGGGCCUCCCAGCAUGAUAUCUGGCCUCAAUGAGCCAGUGGACCGCCGUGUCAUCACCCUUCCACAACUACGAGAGCCGCAGCCAGGCAGGGUGCCGCCCCCUGCACCUAAGACACGCCCCCCAAGCUCCAGUGAUAGCAGUCGUGGCGGCUUUGGACUUCGUGAAGAGCGUGGCGAAACUGGUCGACGUUAUCCCUCACCACCUCGGUCGAGAGGCAUUCCUAGGAGCUACAGUGAGGAAUCACUGGAUGGACGGCCGCGUGGUGGGGCACGAGGGGGCCUGGACCGCCCUCGAUCCCGAUCCAGAGAUGAUCUCUUUGACAGUAGGUCCAGAGGAAGAUACUCCCCACCAGCAGCACGCCGACCUAGAGGGUCCUGGAGCUCUGAUGAGGACAGUAGUAGGAGAGGAGGGGCAAGAAGAGGAGGUGGAGGAUGGAACGAGAAACCUCCCAGCUACACUGAGUACGAGCCUGGACAUAAACCAGGACCACGGAGGAACGAACACUACUCUGUUAAGAGCUCUCGCAGUGGCACCAGUGUCGUCAUCUGAAUGGAGCUGUGAAAACACCUGUGUUUCUGAGAGCAUGCACACUUCACUUGAACUGGGAGUUAUUGGCUUCCUCGUUGUCCAACUCCUGAAAAAUUGUAUCUGCCUUGAUUAGCUAUAAAGAUGAGUUCAAAGAUGGUCCCAAAACAAAAUUGUAUUCACAAAAUGUAACAAUGUAGGACUGAUGAAAUACAACUUCUGGAAGUACUGUAUAGAAAUCACGCCCGGUAGUUUGGAAAUGCUUUGAAAUUGAAAUGUGAGUAUGAGCCCCCUCUACUGGUUUGUUGAUGAAGUUAAAAUGUUGAUGAAAGACUGAGGGUGAGGCCUGCUGGUAGGUUAUUGAGUUAGUUGUUCUAGAAUUGUUUAUUUUUAUUUACAAUAUUUUUCUGCAAGUGGACCACUUUUUUUUCUUUUAGUAAUGCUUGCAAAAAUAGCUGUAGUAUACGGAAAUAGCUCUUAAAGGGACAGUGGUGUUUGUGCCCUUAUAGCAAAUUAUCUGUUACAUUAUCUUAAUUAUUUAAAGCUACAUAUACUGUAUUUUUUGCUGAAUUUUUGUGCCUUCAUUAUUUUAUUGUAAAGUUGUGUGUAUUGUCUCCUUGAUACCUUGAAUUGCUAUGACGCUUUUGUACACUUGCAUGUAAAUGCCAUGAUACAGUAGUGUAAAUAAGUAAUUGACCACUAUAGUAUAGUAGCUAUCAUUGUUUUUUGGGAAAUUAAAAAUGUUUUAUCAUUGUAAAUUUCACACCCCAACUGUACCCAUUCUAACGAAGUAUGAACGUAGCCUAAUCCCUCAUUUGUCUUUUUUUUUAAGAUUGUACAGCACAUUAAAUGUAAUGUUUCCUCUACAUUACUUCUGCUUGAGUUUGAGUAAUAAACGCUUCUCAAGAUAGUGUUGAACUUUUUCUGGAUU